GGAAUAGUGGUAAGGUAACUUUCCGAGAGGAGACAGAGCGGAAAUCGGCUAUGCGAUCAACCUCUGACUCAGAAGUUUUGACCGCCCGAAUCAACGUCACGUGAUUCUGCACCUUGGCAAACCUGUCUUGGGUGAGACGAUAAGGAAUCGAAUACUGUACCUGUAAGUGGGCGUGUCUCCUUUCUGUAGAACGUUUUUUUUCAUAUGCGAGUUUCGAGACAAUCUAACCUCGCCCAGAAUACACAGAUCGGAAUCAAAACCAAAUAAAUUGACCCCCCCAACUCCUGAAAUGGAGCCGAUUGCAACUUGGAGUCACGAGAGCGUCAUACGUUGGUUAAGAGGUCUGGAGCCAGCCCUACAGCAGUAUCACUUCGAAGAGUGGCAGCUGACGGGGGAAUAUUUACUGCGGCUAUCUUACCAGGACCUGGAGAGACUUGGGAUAAGGAAGAUUGGCCACCAGGAGCUGAUUCUAGAGGCCGUCGAGCUCCUCUGUUCUCUGAAUUACGACGUGCGCCGAGAGAACAUGCGCUCGGUGACGGAGAAGCUGAGGGGCGUCUCGCACACCCUGCAGGGGGUGAUCCAGAGCCGCUGGAAGGUGAACACUUACAAAGGCACCAGCGUGAGCAAGCUGGCCCCGGACAUCCUGCUGUCCAUCAUUGACCUGGUCACUGCGGCCAAAGCACUCUUCUCCUGGCUUAACAGGUACCUCUUCUCACAUCUGAAUGAUUAUUCAGCCACUAAAGACAUCGUCACACUCUGUACCCAGCUAGGCAACACUGUUAAAAAGGACAGCACAGCUUAUGAAAAAGAAAAAGAAGUCGUGUCCAUUUGUAAACAGCUCGUUGACAUCUGUGACAGCAUCCUGAAGAACAGCUCAGAAAGCCUCCUAAACCACACUGCGAACCUGGAGAGUGUGGGGCUGAUCCCUGUUGCACCUGGAGAGAAUCUGGGAAUUGAGAUCACAUCAACUGGCUCAAGCCUUCAUUUUGUGACAGGAACGGCUGCUCAGUCGCCAGCUGGAUUCUGUGAGCAGAUCCUGCCAGGGGACGAAGUGAUUCAAGUCAAUGACCAGGUUGUGGUGGGUUGGAGCAGACAGAACCUGAUAAAGAAACUCCGGGAAAAUCCUGAGGGUGUGACUCUGGUUUUAAAGAAGGUGCCUAUCUCCUUAGUAAGGCAGGAGAAAGCCACAAAACCUCCAGAUUCACAGGUACAGGUCCCUGGAGGUCCCGAGUCUCCCACAGUAUUCAACAGGGUUACUGCUUCUAUAAGGUCUCUUUCCCAGCUUUCCAAGAAUAAAGGCGAGAAUUCAGAAGAGAAGAGUCUGGGAGGGGGAUCGGAGGUGUCUGAGGCUGGGGGCGAUAGCGGGUACUCCCUGAGCCAGUCCACCUGGUACGAUUCCGACCAGGAGGGGGAGCUACUGAGCAAGGGGGACCAGACCCCUCCAUCUCUGACCACACCUGAAAGCCCUGUGCGGGAAGGCAGUGUCCACAGUCCUGGGAUCAGUCCGGAGAGUGCUGGGGCUCCCAGUGACCCCUCAUUCCUUCCCGGGACCCUCGAACUGAAACGCUACUCCUGGCAGCGCAGGCACAGCUUUGAGCAGCAGGGCAGUGAUUCCGAGAUGGCAGCACAAACACAUGAGGAGAGAGCUUCCAGAAAGUCAAAUACAAAAGGGGUCCGCAGUACCGCCAGUCGCAGACGUAUCUCGUGUCGGGAGCUGGGCAAGGCUGACUGCGAGGGCUGGCUCUGGAACAAGAAAAACGAGAGCAGCGUCUUCGUCACACAGAAGUGGCAGCGCUUCUGGUUUGUGCUGAAGGGACCCUCGCUGUACUGGUACAACAGCCAGCAUGAAGAGAAGGCGGAGGGUUUCAUUAAUGUCUCUUCAUACAAUAUUGAAAGUGCUGGCGAUCACAAGAGGAAAUAUGUGUUUAAAGUCUGCCACGAGAGGUUUCGGACAUUUUUCUUUGCUGCAGACAACGUUACAGACAUGAGCAAGUGGAUCAAUUGCUUGAUAGCCGCUAUACUAAAACACAAGCAGUACAGCAAGAACUUCCCAAAGAAAGAGGAAGACUGUUACAGCGAGACUGAACCUGAAGACGAGGACUCAAACUCCCCACGAGCUCCCAGACACAAGGCUUACACAAAACGACAAAGUGACGGGGUUCAGACGAUAUCAAAAGGCAAAAAAGGGAAAGAAGCCAGGAAUAAAGAAAAUAUACCCCAGAGUGGAGGAGCCACCUCGACAGCAGAGAAGACCCAGACAGGGGUCAAGGAUGACAUGGACAAUCUGUACGAUCGUAUCAAAGAGGGAGGGGUCUCCCUCAUUGGCAGCCAGCAGCUGUCCACCAUGGAUCACUUCAGGAAAUCCUUCAUCAAGAGGAACAAGAACCCGGUGAUCAACGAGAAAGCGCUGAGACUCCGAGCGCUCAAGAGCACGCUCAAAGCAAAAGAGGCAGAGCUUCACGUCAUCAACGCAAUCCUGGACGACCCAGAACUGACGUCGCAAAAAUUCAAAGAGUGGAAAGUCAAAAACGAAGACCUCUGCAAUGAAAUUGCGAAACUGACCAAGGCGAAGACGUUGUUUCAAGGUGACCAGCCUGCCUCGCUGUGCAGCAGUGAAUCAGGCAUGGAUGAAGAGUUGCCAAGCCCAGCCACUGACUCUGAACUCAGGGUGCCUGAGGUGGACAGUCUGGCAGGUUAUAGAAUAGAACGGGGAGAGUUGCUGGUGGAUGAUCAACCGCCAAGCCCAGGACUAGAGUGUUCCCCGCAAGCGAUGAUCUCUGAAGCGAAGCCACGUGACUCACUUGAAAGAACGGCUCACGGCAAUGCCACAGUAAGCAGUAACCAUGCGACGACAAAUGAGGAGCCUGUGGUCAGUGCACACUGACAAUCUGUAGGCCAAAAAAACACAAGGUCAACUUUUACAAAACAGUACAAAAUGCAGAUAGCAGCCAAGCUGAAAAUUGACGCAAUGACCAGCACUGGCCAGUCAUGAUCAGAACUGAUAGUUUUCAGCCGGUUAUGCUGAUUCAAGAAAAAAAAACUGUCUAUUUCAAAUCCCUUUGCUGUAAAUUGACAUUGUCUAUUGUUAUAAACCUGUGUCGAGGGUUUUAUAUACGUGAUGGUUAUCCAGUAAGAGCUGCUGGAAUUCUCAUCAGGAGUGCUGAAGGAGAGUUCAGAAUCCUGAAGGAAGUGCAUCUGAUAGAAAUCAAUCUCAUAGAAGCCCUGCUCACCACAGCGGAGUGUCACUCUUAUUAAAACAAACCAACCCAGAACAUGCCUCAACUAAAGAAGAACUGGAAUCCGACUUAAUACCGCCUCUCUUUGACAGCGUGAACACUCUCAUUAAAUGCAGUAGAAGGGAUUAGUGUUACGAUGUGAUUAUGUUUGGAUUUAUUGGGACUGGUAGUUAAAUGCUGAGUUUCAUUCAUGUUACUGUAUCUAACUGUAUCUGUCGGGUUUGAAUCCUUGCACGAUGGAUAUUGUUUGUAUUUAGGAUCUUACAAAACAAACAAAUAAAAAGAUUUUGCCCCACCUCUCCCUUUACUCAAAGGGACAGGUGGUCAAACAAAGUUGAAAGGUCGCAAUCCUACAUGCCUGUUCUUUCAAGAACGAGGAAGAACGUGUCAUGUUGAGAGAACAAGGAUACCAAGCAGCAGUGACAGCAGUGGAUAAAAAGGGAGUCCGUUUUUUUAGGUUGGCACAACAAAACGAAGAGCAUUUUAACCUAUUUCACUUUUCGAAAAUCUGUCCCCAAAGUGCCUACAUAUUGAGUCGAGGGUGUGGUUUAGUUUCUGUAUAAAUUGUAAACAAAUGAUUGUAUAUAGCUAAGGUUUGCUGAGGUUAAACGAUGGUCUAAUUCAUGAUUACAAUAUGUACUGUACUGUAUAUGUACUGUAAUUACUGUCAUACAGUGAACAAAAUGUAAAAAUAAACAUUUUAGUAAAUUGG